UUGGAACUUUUUUACAAAAAAAUAAUAUCUUAACGGAAUGUCAACAUGGCUUCCAGAAAAAUAAAAGCACCAACACCUUAUUAUCAAAUUUUACAGACGAAAUUAAUGCACAUUUGGAAAAUAAAAAAAUUAUUGUAGCUAUUUUUUAUGAUUUUAAGAAGGCUUUUGAUACCUUAAAUACUGAGACCCUCUUAAAUGGAAUGGAGGAGUGCGGCCUGGGGCAGCCGUUGAACCCUUGGUUCAGCGACUGUCUCACGGCGCGCUCUUACCGUGUGAAAGUCGGCGACGCAUUUAGUGAGGAGAAACAAGUAAACUGCGGCGUCCCCCAGGGUUCUGGGUGUGGGCCAGUGUGCUACCUGAUGUAUGUAAAUAGCCUCUGUGAAGUAUUACGUCACUGCUCGGCCCACAUGUUUGCUGAUGACCUUUGUACUCUCAGCGCUAGUACCGACCUCUCGGAGAUGUGUCGCCGGGUUCAAGAGGAUGUGGAUGCGGUAGUUAAAUGGUCACAUGAUAACGGCAUCAUAUUAAACGCUGACAAAACAAAGAUGAUAAUUAUUCACUCCCCGUAUUUAAGUUCUAUUGAUAAUCCACCUCCUCUUUUUGCGCACGGCUUUGAUUGCUUUCAUAACAACAAAAUUAACUGUACGUGUAAACCUAUCGAAAAAGUUAAUUGUGUAAAUUAUCUAGGAGUAAAAAUAGAUACGUCUUUUUCUUGGGAUUCCCAUAUAGAAUUUUUGUGUAGAAAACUAAGAAUUUUAUUAGAAAAGUUUUACCAUUUACGUACUAAAGUCUCAUUGCCCAUACUAAAAUGUUUAUAUUUUGCACUUGUGGAUUCCAUAAUAGGUUACGCUCUUGACUGCUAUGGGUUAACAUUUAAAACAUACAUUGAUAAAGUAGAAUCAUUACAAAUAAGAUUUUUAAAAUUACUAGUAAAUAAAAAGACAAGGAAUCAAUGUAAAGGAGAUUAUUAUAAACUAUUCAAAAUAUGUAAAAUUUUACCGGCUAGCCUGAAACAUAGAUUCCUUGUACUUGUAAAUAACCAUGGUAAGCAGGAUCGUUUUACUAGUUUGGUGCAUCAUAUAACUGACACAAGGUCAAUGUCCAAAGGUAAAUUUGAAAUACCCAUGGUGCAAAAUUAUUAUGGAGAUAGAACGUUGAAGAAGCGGAUUCCAUACUUGCUCAAUAGUUUACCCGAGGACAUAAGACGUGAGACUUCAUUGGAUAAAUUUAGAGGUUUAUUAAAAAACCAUUUGUUAAAUAUGCUGUAACCUAUAAGUAAAUUAAGUGUAUUAGUAUUAGUUGUAGUAGCAGUGUUAGUAAUUUAGUGAUUUAGAAGUUAUGUUUAUUUAAGGCGAGUCACCUGCAGUCAAACUGCGUAAGCAGUUUUGUGGGGCAUGGUUUGAUUUAAGGUGUAACUUUUUUGUGAAUAAAUAUAUUUAA